AUGCGCAUGAAAACGAAAAAUGAUGAAACAAAAAAUCAAGCCUAUGAUAAUUUGGAUAACUAUGAGCGAUCAGCUGAUAAUGACAAUAUGCGAUACAAAAAUUCGAGAAAUGUAAUAAAAUUAAAAGAACAUCGUAAUUUUAUGGUUGAAUUGAAAUUAAUCAUUCGACAUUAUAAAAACAAUAAUGAAACAACGGAAAAUGUUACCACUGAUAAAGUGAUGAUCUCAUCGACCUUAAUUGAUGCAUUAAAAUUUUUACUUCGUAACACAUCAAUUUCAUCACUUGAUAGUGAUUAUGGACGUUUGUUUUUAUUUCCUGAUGGCAAAAAAGUACGUGAAUUGCCAUAUGAUCAGAAUCGUUACAAACCGCUGACGGAAUUUUACAAACACGGAAGCGGAUGCACAUUAUUACUGGAAUUUGAUUAA